AUGUCAUCGGUACCAUCUCCUGAUAUUCACAGUGAUGAAAAUGAAACAACAGUUGAAUCUACAAAACAAAAACGUUUACCAAGAAGUGCUAAAAAACGUUUACGUUAUGAACGUCUACGAGAACAACGUAAAUUAACUGGUAAAAAGAAAAAAAAACGUACACCUUCUAAUCCCACUGCAUCAAUAGUAAUCCCUUCCGAUUCGUCUGAAAUUUUAACUGAUCAACUCGUAUCAGUGACUGGAAAAACUUUUAAACGUGCUGCUAAUGAACGUCUAGCAGAAAUUAAUCGAGAUUCAGAAGCACCGAUGAUUUGCAUUGAUUGUGCAUAUAAUGAAUCAAUGUCGAGUAAAGAAAUUGCAAGUCUUGCUCGACAAAUUGGACGAUGUUAUAGUUCAAAUCGUCGAGCUACAAAACCUGUACGACUCAUUCUAACCAAUUGGUCAAAUGAUAGUUUAUUAGCACAAGAAUGUCGUCGUGUUAAUAAUGGUUUUGAUAAUUAUCAAAUUAUUCUCGAUGAUAAACCUAUUUAUGAAACAUAUCCAUCGGAACGUUUAAUUUAUUUAAGUCCAAAUGGUGAUAAAAUCUUGACAGAAGUUAAUGAACAAACUAUACAUGUUAUUGGUGGUCUUGUAGAUGAAAGUGUUAGAAAAAAUAUGACAUAUCAAUCAUGUCAAGAUAAAAAUAUUACUUGUUGCAAAUUACCGAUUGAAACUUAUAUGGAACAUGCAGUUACCGGUGGUACAUUCAAUCAAAUUCUUUCGAUUAAUCAAGUAUUUGAUAUUUUGGUUACAUAUAUGACAACUAAUGAUUGGGGUCAAACAUUGAAAAAAAAUAUUCCCGAACGUAAAGGUUGGGUGAUAAUCAUGUCAGAUGAAGUUGAUGAUCUAUCGUUUCCAAAUGCAGUUAUUACUCGAUUGAUGAACGAAGCUUUGGAAGGAUCACCAACUAUUUCGAAAGAAGCUCGAGCAGCUAUGUCACGUGCUGCAUUAUCAUUUAUACUUUAUAUUAGUACAACUGCGAAUCAAUAUGCUUCAAGUGCUAAACGUAAAACAGUAACAGUUCAAGAUAUUUUUAAAGCAUUACAAUCAAAUCAAUUUGAUAUGCUUGUUGAACCAUUACAAGAAGCAUUGAAAGAUUACCAAGAACAAACACGUAAGAAGAAAGAAGAAUCAGCCAAGAAACAACAAAAUCAACCAGAAUCAACAGUUGAAAAUGACGAGAAUGAUGAAAUUGAAAACGAACUUGAAAAUGAAAAUAAUGAAUCUGUAGUUGAAUAA